CGUGCGCGCGGUGGCGGACCGGAGCGCCGGCCGGGGCGGAGCGGGGGGCCCCCGUGCACUGCCCGGCCCGGGCCAUGACCCCCGCUGCUCUCUCUUGCAGGCUCGUCGCCCCGGUCCCCAGAGCCCGGCCACCGCCGCCGCCAGCGCCCGGGCGGGCCCUGUGCGCCCCGGGCGCGGCUCCGCAGUGAGCCCCCCAGGAAGCGUGAGGAAACAGGCGAGGAGAGCUUGCCCACGUGCCCUGGCUGGGAGUGGCACCUGGUUCCAUCCUCACUCAGUGGGCCCACCCACCUAGGCCAACUGUCACAUUCCUCAGCUAUGAUUCUUCACCCCGGCCCUCUCCUUGGGCUUCAAGUGAGGUAUUGGUUAAGCACCUGAGGCGCCACACUACGGCCCGCGGAGGCGCCGCCAUGGGGCUUCAGCUGUCCUGCCUGAAAGGCUUUAAAAUGUGUGGCGGUAGCGGUAGCCAUGACGAGGCCCCCGUCCUGAGCGACAAACACCUGGACGUGCCCAACAUCAUCAUCACCCCCCCGACCCCCACGGGCAUGAUGCUGCCACGGGACUCCAGGCAGACAGUCUGGCUGGACGAGACAGGGUCGUGCCCAGAGGAUGGAGAAAUAGACCCCGAAGCCUGAGGAGGAGGCACAGGUCGGAGACGGUCCUGCUCCAGGGACCACCCCCCAACCCCACGAGUCCCUGGGGGCGUGGCUGCCUGGGGCAGAUGCACCGAGCACGCCGGACGCUGGAUGGGAGAAGGGAAGAAUCCGGCACCUGAGCAGCUGCAACGUGGCAAGAAGAGCAAGGAAUCGGCCGGCCCUGCCUGCUUGCAGAGCCACGUUUCCCGGGCCCCGCUGAGCUGAGCUGACCGGACCUCUCACGCCCACACGGUCAUGGUGACAGCCACCGGGGUGGAGGGAGAGACUUUCUCCUGGACAAACGUACCCUCCCUGAGCCCUCGGCCACACAGUUGGGUGUGCACGAGGUCAACACACACAGGAACUUGCAGAGGAGUGGCUCCGUUUUUUACAAGUUGUUUUACAGAUAUCAAAACAGUCCAGAAAGUGAUUUAUAAUUCCUUUUUUGUAUUAUAAAUAAAGGUCAUC